GGAACUGUAAUUGACCUGGCAACUAAUAAUCAUCUAGUUAUAAUCAAAGUUGCUGAAGCAUAGUCAAAAGAACUGAAAGGGAUGAUUGGGUCCCUUAUCCCAAUUUAUCUUUCUCCCAGAGCAGCAGGAGAAGGUGACAGCAGCAAUGGGCAUGAUAUAAAAGAAAAUGGUGAUGCUCCUGAAGGAAACAAGGGUCAGCAACAUAUCCAAUCAGCCACAGAUGGAUCUGCUGAGAAGUCAAGAGAAUAAAAAGGUGUAAGACACAGUCCCAGACAUCAGAGACCACAAAAUCCCAUUCAAGCAUAAGAUGACAGACAGAUGCUCCCAAUUUGGAAAUGAGAGCUGGAGGGAAGAACUGAGAAGGCCAGUCUCUGGUCCACGUACACAUUCUCAAAGAAAUUUAGCACCGAGACUAACAUUCUUGGGAAGCCAACCUGCAAGUAUCCUCCACUGAGGGACAAACCAAGACAUUGCUGCUCCAUUGAGGAUUGACCAACAAGCCAUGAAAUCCCUGACUGCAGGAGACUUGGAAGACUGCCUUAUGACUAAGGUGAGCGUGAGGCGCCAGCAGAUCUCCCUGAUUGUGGAGGACGUGCAGAGGGUCGUCCACCAGCUGACCACAGAAAUCAGCCACCAAGACAUUCGAUUCCAGGCCGUCCCUUACUCUGACACGUACAAUGGGAACAUUAAGGUUUUGUCCCCCAGCCAGUUCCUGGUCACCGUCCCGGUGAGGGGCCUGGCCGGGUACAGGGAGGCAAGGGAGCAACGCUGGCGAUGCUAUACCCUACAGGGGGCCAGGCUGUCCUGCCCCUUGCGGGACCCGGAGGGCCUGCAGCAGUGGCUGGAGGUGGAGCAGUUUAUGAAGAGCCUGUGGCAGUGGCAUGAGGCAGACGUGAACAUUGAGGGAGACAUUGUGCCCGCCAAGGUCCUCCAGGUGUUCCGGAAGCUGGUAGAAAAUGCAGUUGGAACCUGUCAUCUCUCAGGUAAGGUCAGCAUGCUAACACACCACUCUGCAGUUUGGGUUGCCGUGGAAACAGCCACGUGGCAGGUGGAGCUAGAGCUGGUCCCCGCAGUGGAGAUCCCUACUGCCUGGUCUGAGAAAGCUCGGUGGCCUCCCUGUCUGAGGCGCUGGCCUUCCCGACAGAGAGCGGAGUGCAUCAAGUCAUUUGGGUUUGCCUUGCUGGCCCGUUCGCAGUAUCACUGGCAGCUGAGCUUCCUGCAGGCCGAGCAGGUGCUGUUGGAGCAACUGGACGAGGACGGGGGCUGCCGCAGCAGGUGUCUCCAGGCCCUGAGGCAGAUGAAGGAGGACGUCUGGUGUCCGGGAAAGAGGCCGGUCAUCACGUCCCACCAUCUGCAGACCGUGCUCUUUUGGACUUGUGAGAAAUACCCACACUUGAAGGACUGGCAGGUCUUCAGCAAAGCCUUCCUGCGCCUGGUGAGGAAACUGCACAAGUGCGUGAGCCAGCACUUUCUGAGGCACUAUUUCGUGCGAAAGAGCAACCUCCUCCAGUCUGCCAGCUCGGGCGACCUGGACGCCGUGGCCCAGAGACUGGCGCUCUUCCUGAAGAACCCCCAGAUCAGCCCGCCCUGAAGCUGCCCCUGCCUGGGAGGCUCUCAGACGUUUUAUCCUGCCUUGACCUCAUUCUCUGUAGGAUCCUGUCCAGGAGAGAAGCAACCUAGGGCACAGGAAAUUACGCGGACCCAGGAGCGCUUAAGAGGGGAAAGCUGCACCCCAAGAUGUCUGACCCAGGCCUCCCUGGAGCCAAGCAAGUGUUCCAGCCCUCACUAGCUACCUCCCUUGGGGACAGCUGUCCUCAGGCUUCCCCAAGCCACUGAUUCUGAGCUGAUGACAGGCAGCACUGAAUGUAUUCUGCCUCGCUCGGGCUCCGACUGCCUGCCGGAGAGGACAGAGACGAGAGCCACUGGAAGGCCAGGUACCAGCCUGCGGCCCAGGAGUGAGUCUCCAGCCCACUGGCCCCGAUUCUUCUUCUUAUUGUCCAUUGGUCAAAUGCAGCUGUGAAUAUACCUUUCUCCGAGCCGGGCCGUCAGCCGGGGGUACUGCGCUGGGGCCCUCAUCAGGCAAAAACACUGGAUCAACAAAGUGUUACUCAUUGGUUGGUAGCCGGCAUUUGCCUCCUGGAUGGGCCCCACCCAACACGCUAAUUAAAUGAUUGCGUCUGAUGGCUUGGCACGCCUGUGUGGACCCUGCUGCCGUCCAGUUCUCCUGAACUGUGGUUCCGGGCUUGUGGUUGCGUCCGCUUCCCCGCCGUCCUCCAAGCAGGGAGAAGGUGGUUUCGCUGACUAGCGUGCGUCAAAGAUGAAAGUGCAGCUCUGUUUGCCAGGGGCUCCCCUUGCCUUGCGCCCCGGGGCCGGGUGUUCUUGGAGCGGACUUGGUGUCACUCACCUCCCACCACCUGCCUUUGCUCACUUCGCUCUGGGAUAACUCUAUGCUCAUCAGGCACCGGGAAUACCGCCAAGAGCGAAACUGACAAAGGACGUGCCAGGUCGGGGGCGGCGCCUAAUGGAGACAGGAGGUGAACGACAGAUAACAGACACGAUUAUUACAAAUUGUAGCAAGUUGUCCCGAAGGAAAUAAACAGACUAUUGAAACAGAGCCACAGAGAGCUCCUGGAAGGAUGAACAUGCAAACAGCCGAAGGGGAAGGGAAGCAGGGAAGCGGAGCGAGGGCAGGCUGGGAGGGGCUGGAAUAAGUCCGAUCAUGUGGCCUGGUAAAGCUGGUAAGGAAUUUGUUAUUUUGUUCUAAAGUCAAAGCGCCCUGACAUUUGGCCUCUCCCAGAGCAGUAGGGGAUCCUAAUCUGAUUUGCAUUUUGUUUCUUUGUUUAUGACUUGCAUUUGAAAUGCCCAUUCCAGGGGCUGCAUAAAGGGGGCCUAGGGACCCACACAGGAGUCUGAGGCACUGAAGGACAGUAAGCCCCCCAUUUUGAAUUUCACUGACGUCCACAGGGCCACACCCCGUGCAGCACACGAACCGGGAACGCUGAGAGUUUGGGCAGGUCAGCGGUUUCUCCUGGCACUUACGUAUGCUUCUCAAUUCAAGGCAACCUUUAUUCCUUAGAACAUUUUCCCCAAGUACGUAACACUGAAAUUUCUUUUUUUUUAAAUUUUAUUUUAUUGUUAUGUUAAUUGUAACACUGAAAUUUCUAAAAGCAUGAACUACUUACUGACUUUUUAAAAGAAAAGGCACAUUUGAAAUUGAAAUAUUUUUACAAAAAUACUGUAACCAUAUGCUGGGGGCCCUGGGCUAUCACAUAGGAAAUCAUGGUUUUAAAAUGAAAAAAAAAAAAAAAGUUUAUAGAAUAAACUUUUAUAGAAUAAGUUUAUAAUUUUUGAAAACAUGAAACAAUGAGCAAACCCAUGUUUUCUUAAGUCAUCAAAGCAUGCAUUCAAAUUCUCACAUUCUAGGGCCUUGGGAAACAUCAUUUUUGAGAAGGUAGCAAAUAAUUUUUUUAAAUGAUGAAAACAACUGAGCAAGGUUAUUUUUUAUUGUUGUUGUUGGGGGAGGAGGGGCAGAGGGAGAGGAAGAGAGACUCUUAAGCAGGCUCCAUGCCCAGCCCAGAGCCCAACAUGGGGCUUGAUCUCAUCAUCCUGAGAUCAUGACCUGAGUCAAAAUGAAGAGUUGGAUUCUUAAUGGAUUGAGCCCCCAGGCGCCCUGAUGCAAGUUUAUCAAAUGCCAAGAAGUGAAAGUUGGCUGGACCAUUGAUUGGAAAUGUGUGUAUGUGUGUGGGGAGGAGUGGGACUGACAUCCUCCACAGACCAGAUUCCAGUAGAUUCUUGCCCCCACCUUUCCCUAUCCGCCUGGGGUCUCUGAAGGAAGCAGGGUUAUCUGUCGAUUCCUGGGUGUUCCUCUGCUGCGCAGCAGAGGGCAGUAGAGGACUGCCCAUGAAAAGAGCCUCUUUCCCACCCAUACCCCACCCAUACCCCUCAGAGCCCAGUAGGUGGCACCCUCCUCAGCCCAUAACUUAAACCUGGCUUCUGGCCGAAGGGUUUCAGCUGAUGCUCAAUGACUGACCUUUCCUGCCACGUUGGCCAGCAAUUACAGUCUCCGUGCUUAAAGCUCAGACUUUCAAAGGGAGCCCCUGAGAGAGGAGUCCGUCUGCUCUGUUUGCAGGAACAGAGUGCCUGGCUCUGAAAAGUCUGAUAGUAUUCCUUUAUUCUGGUCAGUAUUUUUUUUUUAAUUCUCCAAAAGACCUUUUGUUUUAGAGUGGAAUGGUUGGUAGUUAGCCCCUGUUGUUGACCUGCUUGCCUUUGCGUCUCAGCUCUGACACAACUGUAUGCCCUUGGCAAGUUGUUCACCCCUCUCUACGUCUCCAUUUCUUCAUGGGUAUGGUUAGGGGCUGGAUUGUGUCUCCCGUGGCCUGGGCAAAAUUCGUAGGUGGAAGCCCUUUACCGCCAGCACCUCAGAAUCUGACUGUGUUUGGAGAUGGGGCCUUUAAAGACACCUCUUUAGGUUUUAACACCAGGUUAAAAUGAGGCCGUGAGGGUGGGCCCCGAUCCACCAGGACUGACGUUCCUGUGGAGAAGGGGCGGAGGCACCUGGGGCAGGGGUGCAGGGAGGAAGGGCCCUCCGCAGGCCAAGGAGUGAGGCCUCAGGAGAAGCCAGGACUGCCAGCACCUUGAUCUCGGGUUUCCAUUCUCCAGAACCGUGAGGAAAUAACGUUCUGUCGUGUAAGCCAUGCGAUCUGUGGUAUUUUGUGAUGGCGACGCUGGGCAACGAAUCCAGGCCUGAGGAGAGAGGAGCUACCUCGCUGCUCUGAGGAGGGGGGUAAGCAGAAUAAUGGGUGUCAGAAGCUCCUCAUUUCAGAAUCUGGCACAUAGUAACCGUGGAACACGUGCUUAGCAUUUUAGACGCCAACUCGCCAUGGCCAUUGCCCCAUCCCUGCCAGGCCUGGUAAGGACCCCCACCCCAUGUAUGAAUCCUUCACGAAUAGGCUAGAAGCCAUCGAAGGAAAACGUGCGCAGGAUUCCACCCCGAAUUCCACAAGCCCGUCUUGUCCUUUGUCCCUCUUGCUCACCAGAGAAGUAGCUCCGGACUUCUCCUCGUGUGUUGGAACCGUGCUGCCCAACGUGUCAGGGACGGCUUUCAUUUAGCUCCUGUCCUACCCUCCAUUUCCUCCUGCAAGUGUCGCCCCCUCUUCCCCCCUUUCACCAUCCAGCUUCCUGAGCUGUUGGACACGUGGCCCUGCUUCCUUGCCUCCAAACACCUUUUUUGUGUGAAAGCUACCAUAUAUGUUGGAUUUGAGAGUAUUUCAAGAACCAUAAAACAGACACCAAUAGUCACCAUCUGGGUGAAAAAUAGCAUUUGGCCAGUACUAUAGAAUUCGAGGUGCCGGUCCUCCCCCUAGCCCCCUCACUCCCCAAUUUUGUGUCAGUCAUUCUGCUGCUUUUCUUUAUAGUUCGACCACCUAUCAUAUUUCAUUGAACCUAAGCCCCCCACAAUUGUGAGGCGAGUCUUUAUUUCACGUCUAAGAAAGAAAAAGUGCUGCUAAACGUCAUUGCAAGAUGCAGCUGCUUAUAAGAUGCAUCCCCCCCCACCCCCCGUUUAGGGAGAUUAGAAUGUGAAAAGUGUAUUUUAGAAUCAACAAAACAUGACCUGCAUGCAUCUGGAUGUCUUUUUAGUUGUGCCCAUUUUUUUGCACUUCAUAUCAAUGGAAUCCUACUAUACAAAGUCUUUGUGACUGGCUUUUGUCUGUGGUGUGCCUCUGAGAGUCUCCCGUGUGCACGGAGGUGGCAGUGGUGUGUUCCUUUUCACUGCUGUGGAAUAUCUGGGUUGUUUCUAGUUUUAGUGAUUUGAACCGUUUUUAUGCACAUUCUUACAUGUACCUUCCAAUGCACUCAGGUCUUUUAAGGGUAGGUCCAUAAGAGUGAAAUCUCAAGUUCAAAGUGUGUAUAUAUAUAUAUAUAUAUGUUUAAAUUAGUGAGGUAAUGUCAACAUAUUUUCUGAAGUAGUAGCACCAGUUAAAAGGGUAGCUCCCUUUUAAUGAAGGUGAAUUUUCAGUGACUUUCUCCAUGGCGUGGAGCGCAUUUUGUAUCUUGUGUAAGAAAUCCCAUUUUUUAAGGUCAUGGAGGUAUGCUCGCUCCUAUGUUGUUCUCUAAAAUUUUACUGCUCUGCGAUGUCCACAAUAGCCAAACUGUGGAAAGAGCCUAGAUGUCCAUCAACAGAUGAAUGGAUAAAGAAGACACGGUAUAUAUAUACAAUGGAAUAUUAUGCAGCCAUCAAAAAAUGAAAUCUUGCAUUUGCAACGAUGUGGAUGGAACUAGAGGGUAUUAUGCUAAGCGAAAUAAGUCAAUCAGAGAAAGACAAUUAUCAUAUGAUCGCACUGAUAUGAGGAAUUUGAGAAGCAAGACAGAGGAUCAUAGGGGAAGGGAGGGAAAAAUGAAACAAGAUGAAACCAGAGAGGGAGACAAACCAUAAGAGACUCUUAAUCUCAGGAAACAAACUGAGGGUUCCUGGAGUGGAGGGGGGCCGGGGGGGGGUGGCUGGGUGAUGGACACUGGGGAUGGUAUGUGCUAUGGUGAAUGCUGUGUAUUAUGUAAGACUGAUGAAUCACAGACCUGUACCCCUGAAACAAAUAAUAUAUGUCAAAUGAAAAAAAAAAAAAGAAAAUUAUAAGAAAAAAGCUGUCCUGAAGUAAGUUGGAGAACAUCUAUUUUUGUGGCAAAAAAAAAAAAUUUACUGCUCUGCCUUUCCCCAGUUAGGAAAUACUCUCUCUUUUUUUCUAUUCAAUUCUAAUAAAAUUAGAAUAAUCUCUUUGCUUGGAAGUUUGGUAAGACUCACCUAAAAAGCUGACUGGGAACCUUGUGUUUUCUUUGUUGGACGAUUUUAAGCUGUUUAUUUCCUUUUAGGGAUAAACAAUAUUCAGAUUUUCUACUUCUUGAGCUUCUUGUUAAUUUGUAUUUUACUAAGAAUUCAUCUGUUUCAUCAAAGUGUUCAAAUUUACUGGCAAAAAAGUUGCUCAUAGUACUUUAUUUAAAUUCUGAUGUGUUUGUACUCCUCUUUCUUGAUGAGACUU